UCAUUUACUUCGUGAAAGAAGACAGGCGAAGGAGGCUCUCCAGCCUCGGCUGAUUGCGGCUUUUCGCGUUUUAGGAUAAAAUUUUGCCGGAGAUGGAGAAGCUAUUAUAUAAACAGAUGCCCGAGUCGACAGCAAAACUUGUGAACCUUCAGCCACUAGGAUCCAAGAAGGCUGAGGCCUUUGUUAAAGCCUUUCUGAAACGCAGCAUGCCUCAGAAGAGGCAGGAGGACAUUGAGAAACGCUUAAACCGGAAAGUACUUGUCCUUAAGCAUCCCUGCCAGCGGAAGACCAAGCACAGGGUCAACCGUCAGAGAGGAUUAUCGGCCAAACAGAGGCGGGAAAUGCAUCUCUUUGAGAUUCCUCCAGAACAGCAGAGAUACGAGAUAUUUAUACCAUUGCAUGAGCUUUGGAAACAGUACAUUAGAGAACUCUGCAACGGAUUGAAACCCGAUGCACAGCCACAGAUGAUUCAAACCAAAUUACUUAAAGCAGAUUUCCAUGGAGCGCUUGUGACAGUGACUAAAUCCAAAUGUCCUUCCUACGUUGGCAUCACGGGCAUCAUCCUCCAGGAGACGAAAUACGUUUUCAAAAUUGUCACGAAAGAAGACAAGCUGAAAGUUAUCCCAAAGUGGAACAAUAUCUUCAGUAUAGAAAUGGACGGCUUUGUGUCUUACAUCUACGGGAGCAGGAUCCAGUUUCGGGCAAGUGAGCGUUCUGCAAAAAAGUUCAAGGGACAAGGAACGAUGGAUUUGUGAUGAUGAUUAUUAUUUUUCUGCAAAAUUGGAAAGUUUUGUUUCUGAGAAUCCACAAUAGUCUUUUCUUCAAAGAAGAAGCAACAGCAGAGCACCAGCAAGGAUUAUUACCCCUGUAUUUUCAGGGAUAUCUAUGAAACCCAAGGUGGGUUCUUCCUUGUAUUGAUUUUGACAGGCAAAGACUGGCAAUUGUCAGAUUGUAUCAGUACUAAUUCUAGAUUUAUGCCUUGUUGGAUUUUGUGUUACAUUAUUUAAAAUGUUCUUGUUUGUAAUGUGGAAUGAAAAUUUUUGAAAACUAAAAAAAAAAAAAAU